AUGACAAGCAUACACACACACCUCGAUGAGAACAUCGGGGACGACCUGUUUGCGAACAAGUCCACCAUGAUGGCGAACUUCGAGGAGUGGAUCAGGAUGGCCACGGACAACAAAAUCAACUCUCGGAACAGUUGGAACUUCGCGCUCAUCGACUACUUCUACGACCUCAAUGUGCUCAGGGACAACGAGAACAACAUCAACUUCCAGAGGGCCAGCGCGACACUCGACGGGUGCAUCAAGAUAUACUCCUCCCGGGUCGACUCCGUGAGCAACGAGACGGGGAAGUUGCUCAGCGGGUUGGCGCAACGAAGGGCACACGCGGGGAAGAAAACGGCCGGUGCAGAGGGCGAAGGGGACGGUGGUGAUGAGGAAGAGGGGAGCGAUGCAGAGGACAGUGUGGUAAUCGACGCGGCUACUGGAUUGCCCGUUGCUAAAAAUGCGGACGCUACGCACGGCGCGAACAGGAGGAAUUAUAAUAGGACAUUGGAGACUACGUUGGUCGAGUUUGACCAGAUCAAGAUGAACCAAUUGGACCAGGAACUGAAUAUAGACCCUUUGUUCAAGAAAGCCCUUGUGGAUUUUGAUGAAGGUGGAGCGAAAAGUUUGUUAUUGAACACGUUGAACAUCGACAAAAAUGGCCGAGUGAUCUUCGAUGCUUCGAUCAAAGAUACAGAAAAUGGAACUGGGAAUGAGCUAGAUGUGAACGAUGAGUCCCGGCAGGCCGAGGACGACGAGGCAGACGACCCACUGGAACACUCAAAUAUCCCUGAUACCUCCCACGAUUUGUCAACAGCUUCGAGAAACUUGUCCACACUAAUACAAUCCGACGAUAAAGAUACCACUUUUGUAGCAGAGGAUGAGAUUUUGGCGCUCGGGUUAGACUACAUUGAAUUCGGGGAUAUUGCACAGUGUGAAGUAUCGACUUUACUGCCCCAGCUACGGUCUGCGAUAGAUGACGUCCAAAUGGAGAAAACUUUUAUCAAUAGCGUCAACGUCAAGGCUGACAACUUCCUCACAGAGCAGGAUAUGAAGGAUGUCACUACAGAGGCAGAUGCUGGUGGAUUAAAUGAGGAUGACAUUCCAGGACUGCCAUACACUGGAAAUGGCGAUGGCGAUGAGAGCGACGAGGGAAGCAGGCAGAAUAAUUCAGCUGCAGGAAACUUCGAUGAUGUGGGAGGGGUUGAUGAUGAAGAAGCCAAUGGACUGGCAAACGAAACUGGCAAUUAUACAAACGGUGAAAUGUUUGAAAAGGACCUUAUGGCAUAUUUUGACCAAACUUUGAAUUCGAAUUGGAGAGGCCGGGAACAUUGGAAAGUACGCAACAUAAAGAAAACGUUACUGAAGGAAAGUGAUGAUGCAGGUGGCAAAACUAAUAGAGUACAAACUGCAAGUACAAAUAACUCUGACACCACCUCAGAGACUUCAAAUGACAAACUUAAUGAGAAAAAGAGUAGUAACAAAAAACAACAAGAAAUUUUAGACUUUUUCCAUUUCGAUGAUAAUUUGGAAGAUACAGUGUUUGAAGUGAAAAAGGGCAAGAAUACAAUAGAGCUUGCCCAAAAACUCCGAAUCAAUGAAAAUCACUAUCUGUUACCGGAUGAUUACCAUUUUUCUAGCGAUAAAAUCACCAAACUGUUCAUCAAACCAGAACAAACUAUGAGUGUUUUUAAUCACAAACGGUUUAAACGCAGUGAUCGAAAAUUUGACUCAAGCAAUUUUGGUAAUGACUCCUCGCAACCAACCAAUAACUCUAAUGUUCCUGAAAUAGCCGACGAGGAAUUUUGGGCGGAUAAUUACGAUAUGAAAAAGCAACAGGAUAAGGUAUCUGCAGAGGAGGGUACUGAUAUCAGAGGAAUGCAAGUUGAAAACCCGUUCGACGACGAUGAGGGGAACGGUGUAGAUUUCAAUCAGGCAUUCGACGAUGCUGAGUAUGAUGAUAUUGACCACCCAUCUAUGGAGAAUAAACUACCGAAUCAACAAUUUGAUGAGCAAAAGCCUUCACUUUCAGAAAAGAAAGUCAACUAUUCUCGUGUCUCAAAAAAGGUGGAUGUCAGGAAGUUGAAGAAUAAUGUAUGGAAAUCCAUCAACAAAUUAACCGCGCAAGCACAACAAGAAGACACUACACAACAGGUAGACGGUAACAAAACGGUCAUUGAAUUGAAGUUCACCGACGUCACAAAGCAGUUGGUAAACCAGUACUCUCCUGAAAUCUUAAAGGAUAUAUCAACAAGUUUUUGUUUCAUCUGCCUCCUGCAUUUGGCCAAUGAACAUGGCCUUCAAAUCAAAAAUACAGAGAACUUUGAGGAUCUGAUAAUUCAAUACCAACUACUCAGCACAGACAAUGAUACGGCGGCAACAACGACUACGGGCUAG